AUGGCAAAUUGGCCUCCUCUGGCACCAGUUCCACCCCCCGCGGUGCAGAGUGCCAUACCCCCCCAGGAAUGGGAGCUCUAUAUAGAUGCGUGGAUUUUGCUUCUGAGCUUGCGCAUAGAGUCAUCCGAUGCGAAAUUCGCAGAACAUGCACCCACAGAUGACUCCGCAGUCACCUUCUUGACUUCAUUCUAUGACCAGCUGGCAAGUGCUGGUACGCCCGGUUUGCAUACGGGGUCGAAAGUAAGAACACUACGGAAGCUAUGUUUCUUGCUCACAAGACGACUCUUGUUGGACGCGCCCACCUCCCCACCGGAUCUACUAGAAUGGAAGUACCUGGGUAACAUGUGCAGUUGCUAUCCCUCCAGCUCUGCGCUGAAGAAACUACUGUCCGAAGCAUGGGACAAGCAUGAAGAGACUAUAUCAUCGAGCCUCGAGAAGGCAAAGACAACCAUGACGAAACAGCUGUCUAUGUCAAGCUCCGCACAAGUUCCCAAGACCAUCCCUGACAUUCGCCUAUUAACCAUCCUGGGCUCUGUCCUCCCCGCAUGCGGCCAGGCACUGAUGGCCGGCUCCGACUUCCUGGACACAUGCUGCGAAGCAUACCAAGCACACAAGAGGGACGAGCUCCGCAAAGUACUAGUCGCCAUUGUCUACGUCGGCCUUACAUCUCUACUAAAAGGCCCCAAACCAAACCUCUCCCUACUUCUGGACCAGCUCUUCAGCCUAAAGGCCAGCGCAGGGAUCAAUGCGCCCACAGCAAAGAAGGAACCCACUCUCCUCUCCGACCUAAUCUGCAGCUCCGAUCUCCUCGUCCGCCUGGACCGGUACCUAAUCUCGCACCCACAGAAACGCGGCCAGGAUCUCCUCUCCAGUCUGCGCGCAUACCAAACCGAAUCGAAUGUAUUCCACCACCGCUACCAGAAACAAAAGAAAAGAUCCGAUAAAGGCAAAGGCCGCGCCACCACAGAUCUCCCCCCAGCAGAAGACAUGCACAUUCACCGAAUGUCGCUCAUCACGCAGAUCCAGGACCUCUUCCCCGACCUGGGAUCGGGGUACAUCGUCCGCCUACUCGAUGUCUACGACGAUAACCCGGAGACCGUCAUCGCACAUCUCCUGGAUGACUCUAUCCCCCCUGAACUCCGGGACCUUGAUAAAUCAGAACAACUUCCCACUACCGAUUCCCCUGCCCCCAAGCACGACCCCUUCCCUCCGCGCCCAACAC